AUGAGUGAUGAAUCUAGCGUUUCGCUCGUCCUCUCCGCUCUCGAGGCCGAGAACCUCGCUCUCCCCAUCGACUAUGGAAUCGCCCGAGAAUCCAAAAUCGAGAGCCUAGACGUCGAUAAUGCCUCCGACGUGUUCUACCGCCUUCUCCGGACCACCUUUAAGCACUGGAAUCGAUCAGUGAACGCGUGGGAUAACUUCAGCGACGUUAUGAAGUGGAAUAGGCAUAGAAUGGAGCUCCCGGAAAUCGUAAGUAUUGCCGAUCCGAUCCGGACAGACUUGGAACUCAACCUCGAGAGAACCUGGAGGUCCUUUGACAUUGCCUCUGAAGUCCUCCUGCGCACCCUGUACAACAGGCCUACCACCGAAGAGCUGGCCAACUCUCGAACCGUCCUGAAGCAGCGGCAUUAUUUUUACAAAAUGGCCAACGCCUGGACGCUAUGCCUCGACGUCCUAUCUACCGAGUUGGCGGAGAGGCCUCCCCUUUACGGUCCCCUUUCGGACGUACCACCCGGAACACACCUAUUGUGGCCCUGGCAUACCAUGGCUCGUCGAUACUGCAACCGGAAGCGCCUCAUGCAGGAGUUUGGCCUAGAAUCCGCAGGCUUUUGGGCGAGCCGCCAAGAGAGUGCUGAGGCCGGUAGCUGCCGAAUAAAUAACGAGACUUACAACGAAGAGGACGAAGAGAUGCCCGACAGCCCCUCGGGGCAAGACCAGUGGACUGCUCGAAACGUUUACACAGGGUCCAGCGGCUCGAGCUACAACCUCACCCAGAGACUGCCCAAUCUAGCCCUAUCGAAGCGAAUCCAGUUCCUCAAGCCUUGCAGAGCUUGGAACCCGCGAGGCCAACAAGACUGCCUCCUACCGAAGGACCAGGAGAGCUUCGUGGGCGCUAAGUUGGAUCUGGAGGUCCGGGCUGAAGCUAGGCUGGCCAACAGGAAUACAUUGGACGAGUCAUCCGACGACGACGACGAUGAUGAGGAUGGCGGCAAUAACGAUGACGAUGCAGGACAGGGUCCGCCUCGUAAGAAGAGGCGCCUAUUUCGAGCACCGGCAGAUACAGAUACCGCAACGAGGUUACGCCUUUGGAAUGGGUUCUGGGGUAAACGGUAUCGCCCUCUCUUUCUACAGAUUCAACAUCUAGAAAGUCUUUGGGAGACGAGCGGUGAGAGGCCCCAAAAGUCCCUCGACAGUAGUAGAAGCAGUUCGAGAACCCCCGGCCGCGUCGAGGCCUCGGAGAUCCAGCGUCAGGCGAAACCGGAGACCAAGAGGGCCAAGGGUAACAGUUACGUCACCUCCCUCUGUAAGCUCAACUCGGCCUCUUGA